CUCUCUCUCUCUCUCUCUCUCUCUUUGUUUAUUUGUUUAUUUGUUUAUUUCAAAUUCCAUGUAGUUUUGUUGACUCAGCAUUGUCUGCUCUCAGAACUGUUAAUUCUUCCAAAAUUUGAGAUUUGAAGGCUCUGGUUGCUCUGUUUUUUGAUGUCUUCAAAUGGGUUCUGUCAGAGUUUGAGAAAUUUAGACUUUGAGAUAGAGUUUGUUUUUUUUGAAAGGUUUUCUUUUUGAGUUUUGAGGUUUGGAUUCAAACUGGGGAACUGGGUUAUCUUCUUUAUUUUUAUUUUUAAACUAGAGUUUAUGGCUCUGUUCUCAGAACUGUUUAAUUGUUCCAAAUUUUUUAAAUUUGAAGACCCUAUUUGCUCUGUUUUUUGAUGUCUUUGAAUGGGUUUUGUCAGGGUUUGAGGAAUUUAGACUUUGAAACAGAGUUUUUUCUUUAAUUUGUUUAUUUAUUUAUUUAUUUUUUUGAGUUUUGAGAUUUGGAGUCAAAAUGGGCAACUGGGUUGUCUUCUUUUGAUACAAAAAAAGAAAGUAAAAAAAAAAAUUAGUAUAAUUUUCAUGAAAGGAAAGUAAGGAGUGCGAUUAAAGUUUUUCUUUUCACAAGUUUGUUUCUCUGUCUGUUACUACAUUUGAUUGUCUUUUUCUGUCGUGAAAAAUGAAAAAAAUUUCUUGGCAUUUCUUAGUGGAUUCCAGGUGGGAAUUUUAGCAUUUCUCUGCAUUUGCCAAAUGUCUGCAUUUUGGAUUUUUUUUGAUAGUUUCACUGAAUGGUAAUUUCUCUUAGGUAUUAAUGUAUUUGGGAAGGUUCCGGGUUGAGGGUUUUCUGGGUCUGGAGACUACUGAGGUGGGAGAAGAUUGGGGAAAAAAUUGAAUUGCUAGAUGGGUUUCUGAGUUUGAUUCACAAUAUCACAAGUUUUUCACAAGAAUUGUGAUAGGAGUGGUUCAAAUUGGUGUUGGUGUUCUUUGUGUUUGAGAAAUUGACAGUUAGACUUGGAAGUUCUUUGGGAGUCUGUUUGGGUGAAGAGAAAGUAGACUAGAAAUGGGACAUUCUGAUCCAAUUUGGGAUCAUAAGGCUGCAAUUGAAUUGACAAAGGACUGGAAUGGGAUUGAUCAAGUAGUGCUUCGGAGCCCACUAGGGGCUUCAGUGAAGGUUAGCUUGCACGGAGGUCAGGUCACUUCGUGGAGGAAUGAUCGAGGUGAAGAACUUCUAUUCACUAGUAGCAAGGCGAUCUUUAAGCCUCCAAAAGCAAUGCGGGGAGGAAUCCCUAUAUGUUUCCCACAGUUUGGAAACUGUGGCUCACUUGAGCAACAUGGAUUGGCGAGGAACAAAAUUUGGACCAUUGAUGAGAAUCCUCCGCCUUUAGCCCCAAGUGAUUCUCAUGGCAAAUCCUUUGUUGACUUGCUGCUCAAACCAUCUGAAGAAGAUCUGAAGUGCUGGCCACAUAGUUUUGAGUUGCGUCUUAGGGUUUCUCUAGCGGCAGAUGGGAAAUUAACAUUGACAUCCCGCAUUAGAAACAUCAAUGGCAAGCCAUUUAGUUUCUCAUUUGCUUAUCACACAUAUUUGUCUGUCUCCGACAUAAGUGAAGUGAGGAUAGAAGGGUUGGAAACGCUUGACUAUCUCGACAACCUUUGGCAAAGAGAACGGUUUACAGAACAAGGAGACGCCAUAACUUUUGAAUCAGAGGUUGAUCGAGUUUAUCUUAGUUCUCCGAAUGUCAUUGCAGUCCUUGAUCAUGAAAGGAAAAGAACAUAUGUAAUAAGGAAGGAAGGGCUACCAGAUGUCGUGGUAUGGAAUCCGUGGGAGAAGAAAUCAAAGGCGAUGUUAGAUAUCGGGGACGAAGAGUACAAACAGAUGAUUUGCGUCGAUGGCGCAGCGAUUGAGAAACCGAUCACUUUGAAGCCAGGCGAGGAAUGGAUGGGGUGUUUGGAGAUCAUGGUCGUGCCUUCAAGUUUUUGUAGUGAAGGUCUUGAUUCCCUUAGCAAAUAUCUUUGAGGUAUGGCCUCUUUGAUGUAAUAGUAGGUGGGUUGAGUUAAAAAAAAAACUAGACUAGUUCUUGUUUUGUUUUUUUGGGAGAGCUUUGGACAUUAGGGGUGAAUGUCUAGUUUUAAAAUGAAUGUUAAGUACAGUUAAUAGUUGUGUGAAUGGGAUUGUGAAAAACUGUGACUAUGAAGAUCAUAAUAGAUAGAUCCUGUAAUGGAGUACAAAAGCCUUUAUGUUUUUGCUAGUGUGCUUCUCUCUCUCUCUCU